GUAAAUCCGACGUGGUCCGAUGAGAAACUUUUCCAAGAAGCUCGACGAAUCGUUAUUGCACAGAUCCAACAUAUCACGUACAAUGAAUUCGUGCCAGUUAUAGUCGGAAAGGAGAAUCUGAAAAGGCACUCAUUGGAUUUGCAAGUGAACGGAUAUGACAGCCGUUAUGACAUGAAUAUCGAUGGAUCAACAUUGAACGUAUUCGCCACAGCAGUAGGCCAGUUCUUCCUCACUUUGCUACCUGACAAGAUUACUAUAACAGACUCAUUCGGGAACAGUAAAAGGGAGGAGCCUUUGGGAAAGGUUUUCAACGAUCCUUCAUUUAUCUAUCAAAGAAACCGCGUCGACGCCGUAUUGCGCUUCCUGACUCGAUCACCUAUUAUGAAACCAGGGCUACAUAUAAACCCAGAACUAAAGGAUGCCUUCAAGAGAGGAGGUGGUCCCUCCGAACACGGAAUUGACAUGGCCGCCCAAAUCAUACAAAUGGGAAGGGACCAUGGAAUCCCUGGUUAUCUUCAGUGGAGACGACAUUGUCAGCUGGACAACGUGCAGUCUUUCGCAUCUAUGUCCACUAAACUACUCCCUUCCAUCAAUGCGUCCAUUUUCGAGCAAUUAUAUGCGUCACCUGAAGACGUCGAUCUGAUUGUGGGAGGGCUAGCCGAAGCCCCUUCACCUGGAUCUCUACUUGGCCCUACUCUAUCCUGUUUAUUCGCAAAGCAAAUGGAAAAG